AUGACACGACAUUGCGUUCCAGGUAUAAGAGCCGGGUUGCUUGCGACCUACAGCGGAAUGAAUCAAGACAUGCUGGAUCAAUGUGACGCUGCUCAGUACGUUUCACUUGUCUACACUAUUUCCUUUCUGCAUACCAUCGUGCAGGAGCGGAGGAAGUACGGUCCUCUCGGCUGGAAUAUUCCCUACGAGUUCAAUUCCGCUGACUGGCUCGCUUCCUGCAUCUUCGUCAACAAUCAUCUCAAUGAUUAUGAUCCUAAGCGAGGGAUCAGUUGGCAGACUAUAAGAUAUAUGAUUGGAGAAGUUCAGUACGGCGGACGAGUUACUGACGACUAUGACAAACGUCUUCUAAAUACAUUCACUAAAGUCUGGUUCACAGAGUCAUUAUUCACAGAGAAUUUCUUAUUUCACACCGGCUACGGUGUUUUGAAUUUCAAACAAGUAACCGAUUACUUGUCGGCAAUCGAAGAAAUGGAACCGAUCGAUCCGCCCCAAGUUUAUGGACUCCACCGAAAUGCGGAUAUAACAUACCAGAGUCGGACGACACAAGAAAUAUUGGACAUAAUAAUAUCUGUGCAGCCAAAAGAGUCGGGUGGUACGGGGACUGGAGAAACGCGAGAAAUGAUUGUUAGCAGACAGGCUAAAGAUAUGUUAAAUAAAUUACCCCCGGCUUAUGAUCCAUUUGAAGUAAAAGCUCGGCUCCAGAUCAUGGGGAUCACACAGCCGAUGAAUAUAUUUCUCAAGCAGGAAAUCGAUCGCAUGCAAGUUGUUAUCAGACUGGUGAGAUCUAUGCUCAAGGAUUUGCUAUUGGCUAUUGAUGGGGUUAUCAUUAUGAAUGAGCAAUUAAAAGACGCUUUGGACAACAUUUACGACGCGCGAAUACCCAAAGUUUGGCGUUUACGUUCUUGGGAAUCAUCAACACUCGGGUUCUGGUUCACAGAAUUACUCGAGCGAAAUCAGCAAUUUUCCUCUUGGAUUUUCCAGUCUCGGCCGGCAAAAUUUUGGAUGACGGGAUUUUUUAACCCUCAAGGAUUCUUAACCGCGAUGCGACAAGAGGUAACACGAGCGCACAAAGGUUGGGCUCUUGACAACGUCACCCUUCACAAUGAAGUCAUGAGGCAGAUGUCUGAAGACGUCAGAAGUUCACCCGCUGAGGGUAUAUAUGUUUACGGGCUUUAUUUGGAAGGUGCUGCCUGGGAUCGCAGGAAUAAUCGACUUAAGGAGUCAUUUAACAAAGUCCUUUAUGUUGAAAUGCCUGUUGUACAUAUAUUUGCCUUGUACAAUAAACCCAUCAAGGAUCCUAAACUUUAUCAAUGUCCUGUUUACAAGAAGCCCAAGAGAACGUACACACAACUGGUGACCGCAUUGUGGCUCCAAACAAUCAAACCACCGGAAUUUUGGAUUUUACGCGGUGUUGCUUUAUUAUGUGAUAACAAAUAA